AUUACAUGUAUGUAUGUAGACAUUCGUUAACCAUCAUUUGAUUGCAAUGACAACUGUAAUUACUGUUUACUAGUUGGCUGUUUUAUUAGUGAAGCAGUCGUGUAGUUGUGCGCCGCAGUCCACACGCUCAUGUAGUGAGACUGUUUGAUCUGUCAUUAUAGUAAACUAAAAGUAAUUUAAUGAUAGUGAGAACUAUGUGAAUGUAGUUUUGUUUCUGUUAUUUUUUUACCUUGUUGGUUUAUUAUUAGUUGGUAUUUGACUUUGUUUGUUUGGAUUGCUACAUUUUGUUUCCCAGGAGUGGAUGACAGGUAUUUAGCGAGCAUUUUGAUCAGUUUUGUGGCACACUGAAGCGGAAGUUCUACUUAUCAUAUUCUAACCACACAGCAUAGGUGCGCGAUGUCGGGCGAGACUCCAAUACAGUCGGCUGACGGGCUCCACACGCCCGCCUACCUGUCAUGGAGGAAGCUUCAGCUCAGCAGAGCUAAGCUCAAAGCCUCCAGCAAGACGUCAGCCCUGCUCUCCGGCUUUGCCAUGGUAGCCAUGGUGGAGGUGCAACUAAAUCCGCCUGAAAACACAAAAGUGCCUAAUGAAAUGCUGGUAGCUUUCACUGUAUGUACCACCCUGUUGGUAGCUGUUCACAUGCUAGCGUUAAUGAUAAGCACGUGCAUACUGCCAAACAUCGAAGCCGUCGGCAACCUCCACAGCAUAUCCCUGGUGCACGAGUCGCCGCACGAGCGACUCCACUGGUACAUCGAGAUAGCGUGGGCCUUCUCUACGCUGCUCGGACUGAUACUGUUCCUAAUAGAGAUAGCUAUCCUCUGCUGGGUCAAGUUCUACGACUUGAGUCCGACGGCGGCGUGGUCCGCCUGCGUCGUGCUCAUUCCAGUCAUGAUUGUGUUCCUGGCCUUCGCCAUACAUUUCUACAUGUCGUUAGCUAGGCACAAAUACGAAGUGACCGCUACGGGCAUCAAGGAACUAGAAUUGCUCAAAGAACAGAUCGAAAUGGGCGAUCACGAUGCUCGUAUGAAUAAUUUAACAUUGCUUGACCAAAGUCGUAUCGUGUGAUAGUCGACGUGUGUGUCCAUGUCCUUUUUGGAAUGUUAUUAAUACCUUUUGUUUGUGAGUGUACACCAUUGAUUAUUUAGGUAAGUUAUGUACUUAGAUUAUGUUAAGAUUGUACUUAUCGAGUGCCAAUAUGUAUGUGAGCAGUUGUGAAUGGGCGCCAUUAUUGCUCAUUUAUGUUACUUCAGGGCUUCUGGCUACUUAGUGAAGAUUUGAUGGGAGGAAGAAAUUUAAAUGAUGCGUUCAGCGCAAUGCUUCGUACAUACGUAUAGCCCUCUAGCGGUGCUCUUUAUAAAUGUUCUUAUUCAAGUGACGUGUAUUGUGGCGGUUGUUUAAAGAUUACGAGGACUAGAGAAUAUUUCAUAGAAAAGUCUGCAAAUAGUCAGGUCAAAUAAUAUUUCCAGGAGAUUGACGAUCUAUGACUUGUUUUCUGAGCCGAGGGCUUCCAAGUUUUGAUCUUCCACCUUGUUGAUUUGUCGAAGGAAAAGUUACGUCACAAAUGUGUACCGCCAAUAACUGUAGUCUAUUAUUUUUAUAACUUACAGUCAUACGAAUUUAUUUAGGCAGCAGUUCAAUUUAUGCCUCACGUUUAAUCUCAUAUAAAUACAGGUUAUGUAGGAAUUCACGAGUAAAUUAUAGCUUAAGUAUGACUAACGAAUCUCUGUAAAUACAAUUGUAGAUUUUUAUCACUUGACGGUAGUAAUCUUGACAUGUACACUCAUAUAAGUAGUCAUAAGGCUGAGUAUUGGACGAAGCGGGUAGUUUUUGCAAGCAUGAAAAAAUGCUCUGUCAGAUGUUUUGAUGUUAACUGUCAAAAAACGCGGUAAAAAUUUAGUUUAUUUUCAUGCGAGCCAUGGGAUCUUUGUGGAAGUGAGACGGUGCGAUAUAUCAUAUGUAGCUGUGUCUCGCUUUUACAACGCCAACGGGCUUAAGUUAAAGUGCAGGCAGUGGUUAGAGCGGUUAUAAACUUUGACAACUACCGAAAAUGUUUUCGUUUUCGUUAAUAUUUCACUUGUAAGAGCAACAGAUGUUUAUUAUUGCUUGCUUCAAUGUACCCGCCAAGUGCAAUUUCCGCCUCAUUUAUAUUUUUAUGACUUACAUCUUAUUUUUUAUAAUCCUUGACCUUUUCUGAAAUGUAAAAUUAUAUAAUUUUCUAUACUUAUCAAUAUAAAUCUAUAAAUAUAUUCUUAGUUAAUGAAUUUAAAUAGAUUCUAUUGGUCCUCCUUCUAACAUUUCUUAGUUACGGGGACAAUUCUUUUCUAUUUGAAUUCCCAAUAAUACCAUUUUACUGAAGCAUAAUAGAAAUGUUUAUAGCCCACAUCUACAUCAUCUAUAAAAGGGAUGUAAUCAUAAAAAAGUAAAUGUCCAUAAACAAUAUUCAUGACGAAGAAUCAAGAUACAAGUAUUAUAACAAGCGAUGGUUGUGAAGAAGUCACAAUUUUGACGAGAAUAAGUGGUAGGCUUCAUCGAUUUAAAUAUGAUUAUUAGUACAAAUAUGAAUUGCAAUUUACUCUCAAUUAUCUUCCGAUCUGUAACUAAAGAGUCACAAGGACACAAUAUCUGUUUAUAAAGCACACAUCUUUAUCUGGACUAGAUUAGUCGACCGAUAGGACAAAUAGUCAAGGUCGCAAAAGCAAAAUAAAAUAUUUUUAUUAUACCAUGAGCUUGAGAAGUUCACAGACUCAAUGCCACCAACCGAGUCGACAUUUUCUCUACAACAACGUUAACACAUGACUGCACGUAUGCGUCAAACAUGUUCAUACUAAGGCCUCUCAUCCAGAGUUAAUGUACCGUAAAUGCCACGGGAGUUAUGUUACAAGUAUCGUCAACCAGAAAUCAAUGAAAAGAAUAAAUUCGAAUUAUCACCCUUAUGGCUUUGACAUAAAAGCGUUGUUACGAUCCUAAUGUGUCGAUUGGUGUUCGGUUGGCUAUACAGACGUGACCGUGAAGCACCCUCCCAACACAUUUUCUGAUAAAACAAUAUUUUUAAAUCCAGAUGUAGACCGAAGCGAAUACUCUAAACAAAGCUACUUAAUCUUUGAUAACCUAAUUAGUGCGGUGGAUAGUGCGUGGUUUAAUUUUCUUUAUUUUUGCUGAUUCAAUCGUCAAUUUCUCUUUCUUUGGAUUCGGCCAAAAGACCGUGCCGAAAGUUACUAAAAAAUAAAUUGUUGUUGAUUUGUCUAUGCUCACUCAUAAAAUAUUGGUCUACUUUGUUUUUGUGAAAGAUUUAGUUCAUCAUUAGAUAUCUGAUGAACUAAUCUACUACUACUUUGAUGCAAUUAACAUCGAUUAUCGCACAAGCAGAAUACAAAGUAACGUCUUACAUGAAUAUUUUAUGGAGUAAACGUUUCACAAGUAACUAUUAUAUCGUCACGACGUUGAUAACUACCUGUGUUCUACAAUAUGUUUAACGUGCAAUAUCUAGAGAUAAUAUUGAUUACUGAAAUAUUUCCAUACCGAUUUUCCUACAAGAGUUAUUGAUAGGUCUACGAGUGAAAUUGUCUUGAUAGUAGUUCGUCAGGUAGCAAUGUUUUUUGUAAGUUGCCACUUGUUUUUGUUCGGAAUUAGAUAUUGAAUCGUAUCCUUCUAUAGAUACGCAAAGGAAAUCUAGGUAAAAUGAUCAAUUCUAUCUACUUCAUUAAGCAGGCCAUCACAACUUAUGUUGCGUCACAAAUAACGAUGAAGUAACGGUGCUUUUAAUUCUUGUGGUUUAUUGGCAGUUAUCAUUUAGGCAGAUGUUGCGGAAUUAGGCAUAAGUUGCCCAUAGCAAGAAUUUGAGCUAUUGGUCUAAUACUGAAUAUAAAUAAAAUUAAUGCAAUAAAAUACAAAUUAAAUUAAAAAUAUAUUUGAUUUACGAACAUAAAAUAACUUGUACAUACAACUACUACAAAAUAAAUGCAAAAAAAAACAUUAAAAAUAAGUUUAAACUAUGAUUCAUUCGCUGCGUCAUUUCUUAUCAAUAAGUGAGUUUGUCGGUAACGAUAUUUAAAACAUACUCUAUAUUACACAUCAUUUGAUUUAUUGAAAUGUAAUAAGAGAUUUCUUCCUUUUUUACCAGAUAAGGGAUCGACCUCAAAUAAUCACGGUAAGAGAUUACAAUUCACGUUUAAUAAGUCAAUUAAAUAAGCGAUUUUUAAUACAUAUAAUAUAAUCUUAUAAACGAGUCUCUUGAAUUUUGUUUAUCAUGUCACAAAAUUGAUCUACUUAAUUGACAGUAAGUGACUGCUGGAAAUUGCUACUAUGAAAUGAAAGAACCCUAAAGAACAACUCAACAAAACUAGGCGGAAUCUGGAUACGUUUGCAUAGAUAGCGCAAAAAGACACGAUUUUGUCCCGCAUUUUGUAUUUUUCGCUCAAUUAACGCACCCUUGCAUGAUAAAACAAAAUUGUCAUUAGCCGUUAAUCGGUUACUUGACACCAGUGCAAUAUAGUGCCGUACCUUAUUUCAAUUAAAAACGAGUUUUAAACAGUUAUAAUAAACCGCUCACGAUAGCAAUAAUAUGAUAUUGACUGUAUUUAUUACUUAAUCCAAUAAGUACUGUGAUAUAAUAAUGAAUGACAUUAAUAAAUCUGUUAAUAUGUAAUUUAGCAAUAAGUAAUUAUAAAUUGUUCAUUUAAAAUAACUGGAAUUUUGUAAGAAUAAUUUACAAUGUUGUUAUACUGAGUGAUCUUGUAAAACACUUAAUAUACAUUACAUUUGGUCGAUACAGAA